GACGGGGUCAGGGCCGCCGGCCCCUCCCCGUCUCUCAGGCUUCUCUGGAGGCGAGACGGUCUAGCAUGUGUUGAGGGUGUGUGCCCUGAAGUCAGACGGCCCUGACUUGCCUUAGUUUUUCCGUCUGCAAAACGGCUGAUAACGGUAAAGUAAUUUAACUGCAGAAGAAUUUGGGCAAAAUGUUUUCCAAAAGAAGACGGUCAAAAUCUGAGGAGAAAGAGAAUACGACAGAACAUGCCUCCCAAGCCGGGAAGCAACCACUUUCCAAAAAGACAAAGAAAUCUCGUGUUCAUAAUGAAGUUGAAGAAAACGACAGUGUCUUUGUAAAGCUUCUUAAGACAUCAGGAAUUAUUCUUAAAACAGGAAAGAGUCAGAAUCAACUAGCUGUGGAUCAAAUCAUUGUCCAAAAGAAGCUCUUUCAGACUCUGAGGAAGCAUCCUUCUUAUCCCAAUAUAAUAGAAGAAUUUAUUAGUGGCCUGGAGUCUUACAUUGAGGACCGAGACAAUUUCAGGAACUGCCUUUUGUCUUGUGAGCGUCUGCAGGAUGAAGAAACCAGCAUGGGCGCAUCUUACUCUAAGAGCCUCAUUAAAUUGCUUCUGGGGAUUGACAUAUUACAGCCUGCCAUUAUCAAAACCUUAUUUGAAAAGUUGCCAGAAUUUCUUUUUGAAAAAGUGAACAGUGAUGGAAUCAGCAUGCCUCGACUCAUCAUCAAUCAACUGAAAUGGCUUGACAGAGUUGUGGAUGGCAAGGAUCUCACCACCAAGAUCAUGCAGCUGAUCAGUAUUGCUCCCCUGUACCUGCAGCAUGACUUCGUCACCAGCCUACCUGAGAUCCUGGGGGAUUCCCAGCAUGCUGAUGUGGGGAAAGAACUCAGUGACCUUCUAACAGAGAAUACUUUACUAACGGUUCCAAUCCUGGAUGUCCUUUCCAGCCUCCGACUUGAUCCAAAGCUCCUGUCUAAGGUCCGCCAGUUGAUGAUGGGGAAGCUGUCAUCUGUCAGAUUGGAUGAUUUACCUGUGAUAAUCAAGUUCAUUCUUCAUUCUGUAACAACCACGGAUGCACUUGAGGUAAUUUCUGAGCUUCGGGAGCAGUUGGAUCUGCAGCAUUGUAUUUUGCCGUCACAGUUGCAGGCUUUCCAAAGCAGGUUGAAAAAUAAAGAACAAAGAAGUUCUUCAGGAAAUCAAGAAAACAGCGGUCAGGACUGUGUUAUUCUUCUCUUUGAUGUAAUAAAGUCAGCUGUUAGAUAUGAGAAAACCAUUUCAGAAGCCUGGAUUAAGGCAAUUGAAAACACUGCCUCAGGGUCUGAACACAAGGUUUUUGACCUGACGAUGCUUCUCAUCAUCUACAGCACAAACACUCAGACAAAGAAGUACAUUGAAAAGGUGCUAAGAAAUAAGAUUCGAUCAGGCUGCUUUCAAGAACAGCUGCUACAGAGUACCUUCUGUAUUCAUUACUUGGUUCUUAAGGAUGUUUUUCUGUCCAUUCUGUCGCUGGCUCAGAGUUUCCUGCACUCCCUAGACCAGAGUAUAGUUUUGUUUGGCAGUCUCCUGUACAAAUAUGCAUUUAAGUUUUUUGACACUUACUGUCAGCAGGAAGUGGUUGGUGCCCUAGUGACCCAUAUCUGCAGUGGGAAUGAAGCUGAAGUUGACACUGCCCUGGAUAUCCUCCUAGAGUUGGUAGCUCUAAACCUAUCUGCUAUGAGGCUGAAUGCUGUCUUUGUGAAGGGCAUUUUAGAUUAUCUAGAUAACAUGUCCCCUCAACAAAUACGAAAACUCUUCUAUAUUCUCAGCACACUGGCGUUUAGCAAACCACGUGAAGCCAGCAGUCACAUCCAGGAUGACAUGCACUUGGUGAUACGAAAACAGCUCUCUAGCACCAUAUUCAAGUACAAGCUCGUUGGUAUUAUUGGUGCUGUCACCAUGGCUGGCAUCAUGACGGCUGACAGUAGAUCUUUCAGUUUGACCCAAGAGGGAGCCGCCCUGAGCAAUGAACAGUGCACACAGGUGACCUCCUUGCUGCAGUUGGUUCAUUCCUGCAGUAAGCAGUCUCCUCGGGCCUCUGCACUUUAUUAUGAUGAAUUUGCCAACCUGAUCCAAGAAGGAAAGCUGGCUUCAAAAGCCCUGGAAUGGGUUGGGCAGACCAUCUUUAAUGAUUUCCAAGAUGCCUUUGUGGUAGACUUAUGUGUUGUUCCAGAAGGUGACUGUCCAUUUCCCGUGAAAGCUCUCUAUGGACUAGAAGAAUACAAUAGUCGUGAUGGGAUCGCCAUCAACCUCCUGCCACUGUUGUUCUCCCAGGACUUUGCAAGAGAUGGGGGUAGAAUGACCUCACAGGAAUCAGACCAAAAAUUGGUGUCUCCACUGUGCCUGGCUCCCUAUUUCCGGUUACUGAGACUUUGUGUGGAGAGACAACAUAAUGGAAACUUGGAGGAGAUUGAUGGUUUAUUAGAUUGUCCUGUAUUCCUCACUGACCUAGAGCCUGGAGAGAGGCUGGAGUCCAUGUCUGUUAAAGAGCAUUCGUUCGUGUGUUCACUCAUAUUUCUUACUCUCAACUGGUUCCGAGAGAUUGUAAAUGCCUUCUGCCGGCAAACAUCACCCGAGAUGAAGGGGAAGGUGCUCACCCGGUUAAAGCACAUUGUAGAGCUACAGAGAAUCCUGGAAAAGUACCUGGCAGUCACCCCAGACUAUGUUCCUCCCCUUGCAAACUUUGACGUGGAAACUUUAGAUGUAACACCUCAUACUAGUACUGCUGUUUCAGCAAAAAUCAGAAAACAAGGAAAGAUAGGAGGAAGGAACCGAAAAGCAGACGGCAGCAAAACAUCCUCCCUUGACUCACUUUCAAAGGAGGACAGUUCAGAAUGUGACCCUACACCGUCUGAUAGAAGUCAGCUGGAAAAGGAGUUCAAAGGGAAAGAAGAAAAGACAUCAGUGUCACUGCAGAAUUACCGAGCUUUUUUCCGAGAGCUGGAUAUUGAAGUCUUCUCUAUUCUGCAUUGUGGGCUUGUGACCAAGUUUAUCUUAGAUACUGAAAUGCAUACUGAAGCUACAGAAGUUGUGCAACUUCAGCCCCCUGAGCUGCUUUUCUUGCUAGAAGAUCUCUCCCAGAAGGUGGAGAAUAUGCUGACACCUGUUGCCAGGAGAGUCCCCUUCCUCAAGAGUAAAGGAAGCCGGAAUAUUGGAUUCUCACAUCUCCAUCAGAGAUCUGCCCAAGAAAUUGCUUAUAAUAUUGUUCAACUGCUCACUCCAAUGUGUAACCAUCUGGAGAACAUUCACAACUAUUUUCAGUGCUUAGCUGCUGAGAAUCAGGGUGUAGCUGAUGGACCAGGAGUGAAAGUUCAGGAGUACCACAUUAUGUCUUCCAGCUAUCAGAGGCUACUGCAGAUUUUUCAUGGGCUUUUUGCUUGGAGUGGAUUUUUUCAACCUGAAAAUUAUAAUUUACUGUGUUCAGCCCUCGAGGUCCUUACUAGCCGACUGAAGCAGAAAGAGCCUGACCAGGCCUUGGAGGAACUGCUCAGCCAGAGCUUCCAUUACUUGCAGAAUUUCCGUCACAGCGUUCCCACUUUCCAGUGUGCUCUUUAUCUCAUCAAACUUCUGAUGGUCCUUUUGGAGAAAUCUACAGCCCCUACUCAGAGCAAAGAAAAAAUUGCUUCCCUGGCUAGACAAUUUCUCUGUCGGGUGUGGCCACAUGGAGAGAAAGAGAAGAGCAGCAUCCCUAAUGACCAGCUCCAUAUUUUGCUCAGCAUCUACCUGGAGCACACAGACAGUGUUCUGAAGGCCAUAGAGGAGAUUGCUGGCGUUGGUGUCCCAGAACUGAUCAACUCUCCUAAAGAUGCAUCUUCUUCCACGUUCCCUACACUGACCAGGCACACCUUUGUCAUUUUCUUCCGUGUGAUGAUGGCUGAACUUGAGAAGACAGUGAAAGGUCUUCAGGCUGGCACAGCAGCAGACUCACAACAGAUUCAUGAAGAGAAGCUCCUCUACUGGAACAUGGCUGUUCGAGAUUUCACUAUCCUCAUCAACCUGAUAAAGGUGUUUGAUAGUCGUCCUGUUCUGCACGUAUGUUUGAAGUACGGGCGUCUCUUUGUGGAAGCAUUUCUGAAGCAGUGUAUGCCGCUCUUAGACUUCAGUUUUAGAAAACACCGGGAAGAUGUUCUGAGCUUACUGGAAACCUUCCAGUUGGACACGAGGCUGCUUCAUCACCUGUGUGGGCACUCCAAGAUUCACCAGGACACGAAACUCACCAAACAUGUGCCUUUGCUCAAGAAGACCCUGGAGCUGUUAGUUUGCAGAGUGAAAGCCAUGCUCGUCCUCAACAACUGCAGGGAGGCUUUCUGGCUGGGCAAUCUCAAAAACCGGGACUUGCAGGGCGAAGAGAUUAUGUCCCAGAAUUCCCAGGAGAGCACAGCAGAUGACAUUGGGGAUGAUACGUCAUCCCAGGUCUCCAAGAGCAAAGCAACAGAGGAUGGUGAAGAAGAUGAAACAAGUGAUGGAGAAAAGGAGCAAGAUAGUGAUGCAAGUGAUGACGACUCUGAUUAGACCUCUCCAUCUCUGCCAUCGUCUUAGCAUUUUAUGUUCAGGGUUUGAUAUCUGCUCUCUGCCUUUCUAACUGGAAGCAUCCUAUUUUGUCGUUAAAGAGGAGAACUUAAUCGUGGAUUUUAUAGAUUGUCUAACGUCAUCAAAGACCCUGGCUCAGAAUUUGAAUGUAGCAUUACUUUCAAUUUGGGCAAACGUGGCAGUGCUGUGCUGCAGAGUGGUCAUGAUUCUGGGCUUUGGGAACUAGUUUUGAAACUCUGAUUUAUUCUAGAAUUUAGUCUUGUACCAGUUUUAUAGAUAAAUUCUGUUUUAGGUUCUGCCUCAGCUACCUCAUUCCUCUUUCCAGAUUUCCUUCAUUAUUCAAGGAUUAGAUGGAAUUGAAUUGGGGUUUCUGUGGAGAAAUAAUGGAGACCGAUGCCACCACAUCAGUUCUAACAAUCAAAAUCAUCUGUAUCCUAUUAUAAGGACUCUUUGCUUGAGAUGAGAAGAUCUUUGUCAUCUUUUUGGAAGAGUGGUGAAUUUCUUGUCAAUGCCCAAAGAUUGAAGUCAAAAGGAAUAUUUUGGCUGCUUUUUUUAUUUUUGGUCAUCAUGUAGAUACAAGACAAAGGGGAAAAAGGCAGCACUGAACUCAUAUUGACUUUGUAUAUACAAUGUUUAUUUCCACAUUUUUCUGAGUUAUCCCUAUAAUCUAGUUACAAGAAUGCUACAAAAUUACUUGUAGUUUAUUAGAACUAGAACAUUACGAGUACACUUCAGCUAAAAUGGGGAGCUCUCAUGUCUUCUGCCAGAAAGCCCAAUUUCAGUGCUGUUACCUAGUUCUUUCUUGCCAGGUUGUAAAUAUUGUUUAAUAUUUGUUAAUAUUUCUACCCA